AGUCAAUGGGGCGGCAGCGGCCGCGGCGGAGCGCAGCGCGGGCUGGGGCCGCGGGCCGGGGGCCGGCAUGGCGGGGCGCUGAGGCGGCGCGGCGGCGAGGGGCGGCGGCGCGCCCCGGCAUGGGCAGCCGCGGGGCCCGGCGAUGAGCGCUCCCCCGGCCGCGACCCCCCGCGCGAAUAUGGGCACAGCCGUGUCCAAAAGGAAGACGCUCAGGAACGAGGCCAUGUCGUCCGUGGCGGCCAAAGUGAGAGCGGCGAGGGCUUUUGGAGAAUACCUUUCACAAAACCAUCCUGAAGGCAGAAACGGCUCAGAUCACCUGCUAGCAGACUCCUACAUCGGGCAGGAGGACUCCCCUGAGAUGCAGCAGGUGGCCCAGAACAAGCGCAGGCUCUCGGUCAUCUCAGACGGCAAAUUCGAGAGGAGCUUCACCGAGGAGCAGGCGGAGAAGAUGCCGAGCGAGGGCCCCAAGCCACGAGUGUACACCAUCUCUGGUGAGAGGCCCAUGCUGUCAGAGCACGAGAAUGACAGCAUGGAGCUGGUGGUGAUGAAGGGGGCUGCCCACGAGGAGUGUCACCACGGCCACCACGCGCACGGUGCCGGCGGCUCGCACGGCGUCCGGCACUGCAAGGCCUGGCCGGGCGGCCGCCAGGGCUCCAAGGAGUGCCCCAACUGCACCAGGCUGGCUGCCCCUUCCCAGCAGUCCAUUGAGCUGGAGCAGCACCCACCUGGAGAGGCUGGGUGGCACAGGAAAAGGCUGGAGAGGAUGUACAGUGUGGAUCGAGUGUCUGAUGAUGUCCCCAUACGAACCUGGUUCCCAAAAGAGAACCUCUUCAGUUUUCACACUGCUACUACAACUAUGCAAGCCAUCUCGGCGUUCAGGGGCUACGCAGAGAGGAAGAGACGGAAACGAGAGAAUGAUUCCGCAGCUCUUAUCCAGAGGAAUUUUCGGAAGCACCUCCGCAUGGUGGGGAGCCGAAGGGUUAAAGCACAAACAUUUGCCGAACGGCGUGAGAGGAGCUUCAGCAGGUCCUGGAGUGACCCGACUCCCAUCAAAGCUGAUCCCUUCCAUGACUCUCGAGAAAGCCAUGACCUUCAGGAUUCCUGCGGGACUCUGGAUGGUGACUUUGACUUGAACUGGGAAGCAGAAAAGGAACUUGAAGCCAUGGCAUGUGAUGGAGAAGACUUCAUUCCACCAAAAAUAAUGCUCAUUUCUUCCAAGGUGCCCAAAGCAGAAUAUGUCCCAACAAUUAUCCGCAGGGACGAUCCCUCCAUCAUCCCCAUCCUCUAUGACCAUGAACACGCCACCUUUGAUGACAUCCUGGAGGAAAUAGAGAAGAAACUUAACAUUUAUCGGAAAGGCUGCAAAAUCUGGAAGAUGCUGAUAUUUUGCCAGGGAGGCCCCGGGCACUUGUACUUGUUAAAGAACAAAGUCGCCACUUUCGCCAAAGUGGAGAAGGAGGAAGAUCUGAUCCUCUUCUGGAAGAGGUUGAGCCGGCUGAUGAGUAAAGUCAAUCCUGAACCAAAUAUCAUCCACAUCAUGGGCUGCUAUGUUCUUGGAAACCCCAAUGGGGAGAAGCUAUUUCAGAAUCUGAAAAACUUAAUGAAUCCUUAUAGGGUUGCCUUUGAGUCUCCACUUGAACUAUCAGCUCAAGGUAAGCAAAUGAUUGAGACUUACUUUGACUUCCGCCUUUACCGCCUCUGGAAGACCCGCCAGCACUCCAAGCUAUUGGAUUACGAUGACAUUUUAUGAGCUGGAGAAGACUUUGCAAGAGGAAGCUCAUCACCAGUGUCCAAGAAGUCAUGCUUUAUUGCAGAGAGACUUUUUUAUUGGCACAGGGAGCCCUUCACAGCCCUACAGGAGGCAGCAGUGCUAAAGGGAGGGAAGGAGGAGCCCUCGGAAGUGUCGGGAGGAAAAGUGUCCUGGGCCAAGAGAGACUGGAGGGAAGGGGGUGACAGUGACACCUCGCUGGCCUCGGUCCGAGCCCUGGGGCCUCAGGAGGAGCUGUGUGAAACGAGGACAGGAUGGAGUUCCUGGCAGAACUGAGCUGUUUUGGGUCAGAAUGGGCCAGAUUUGAUUCCAGGUCCUUUUAAAGACUUUUGAAGCUCAGGUUUUCUUACAAAAAAACACAAACCCAGUUAACCCAUGCACUACAGUGAAGAAGUCACCAGAGCACAGAGGGAGCAGGGCGUUGUCCUGGUGGGACUUUCUGUGCUGGGAGUCCUGGAGAGCAAGGACUGCUACACCUACUCCUGCAAGCUUAGAGCAAGAUCAUCCCGUUUCCAUGUGAAUAUAUACUGGGAUAUAGAAUUGAAAUCUUCUUUUUUGUUUGUUUGUUUUGUUUAAUAGAAAAUAAGUGCAAUUUUUAUAGCGAGGGAGGGGUAAAAUCCCUCCUGAUAUUUAAUUAGUUAAAAAUAACACACCAUAACCAAUAGAUGAGGUAUUUUUGGUCUGCUUGAAAAUAUAUUCAGAAUGGUAAUAUAUCUUCUGUAGACAUAUUUAAUCACCAGCAAACAUGGUUUUAACAUAAGUUAGCAGACCCUGCAUGUCUGCUGCAUUGGUUUGGUUCCUUUAAGAGUAGCUGUGCUGCACUACCUGUAUGUGCUCACGAAUGUAUAGUUCUCCUCCAGUUAGCCACAACUUCAUUACUUUCUAUUUUGCUGCUUGCAAAACUAUGGAACUUUAGUUUUGCUGAAAUACUUUAGGUUAGAAACACGGGACCUGGCUGGGAAGCCUCGGUCAGGCUCGCUUUGGUAUAAAAAUGAAUUAGAAAUUAAUAGCCAUGGUAAUUAAUUGUUCAUGCCAGUGAUUUGCUGUGUGUUGGGAGAGGAGCUCUCUUCCUGUGUGGAGACCCCUCUGAGGGGGCUGAGCAUUGAGGCAUUUGGGAGAAAUGCUUCUGGAGGGACACAGCACAGGCUUGGAGCAUGAGUUUGACUCUUCUCUGUUCACUUGAUUGCCAGUUGUUUGUGCAUACCCCACCCCUUUUCCCCUGACCUGUUUCUUGGUCUGAGCUGCUCAGCCCCUUCCUGUGUAGGACAGAGAAAACCCCAAGCUCUGUCAGAGAGCCUGAGAGCCCAGGUCUGUGCUUGAUAUUUAAUGGUAUCUCUUGGAAUAUAUUUAUUUUUGUUUGGUUUGCUAAGGGGGUGCUUUUUCGAUUUUGGGGAUGGGGCUUAUUUCACAUUCUGCUGUCCUUUCAGAGGACAAAUAGUACUUAGAGUCUUUGUAGGUCACUGGCAAUUCUGGGAGGUUACACAAGUUAUUUCUUUUACAAGCAAAGGAAGUAACAGGGAAGGAUUACCUUAUUUUCCUGGUAUCUUGUUGAUUGUGAAGUGAAGGAAAAUACAUGUACAAAUCUUCUUUUAACUACUUACAAAGAGAACUUGGUGUUCUGAUCUGUAGAGUCCUCCUUCCCCUGUGCCAUACCUGUGGUUGUGAUUUUGGGGAGCAGGCCCUUGGCUAGAACUGCUGAACCCUUUACAUUUAGAGCAGUUUUAUAGCAAAACUUUUGAAAAAAUAAUGUACAUACAGUAAGGAGAGGAAUAGGUGGAGAGAGAUAGUUUAAAGUCACUGAAGGCCACACAGACAGGUGUGGGCUGUUGCCUCCCCCAGGCUGGGAGCUUUGGUAGCCACGUCUCAUCCCUGGACUCAGUCAGGUUUGCCAGACUUACAGGGAAGGGGAGAACAGGCACCAGUCUGUAGCUUUUGGAAGAAAAUGCUAGAAAUAAAAGAAAACCCCAGAUUUAUGCCAAUUACUGUUUAACAUUGGAGAUUCCACCAGCAGUGAGAGGUGGGAGCCAGAGGUGCAAUGAAAGCACAAAGUCAUGUUGUCUGGAGAAGGAAAUGGUUGUGGGAGGAUUAAAAUGCUGAUGCAAAACUCUCUCCCUUUCUGACCCUUUCACCUCCUAACUGGAGACAGGCAAACUGUUCUUCCUUUCUCAGAUCCCAAUUCAGUGAACUUGGUAGCAUGAAUGUAGCAUUGUGGAACUAUUGAAAAUCUUAUUUAACCCCCAAAGGGCCCAUUUAUGUAUCCACUUGAGUGAUUUCUCUGUAGAACUGUUGUAUAUCCUCACUGACCACUUGUAGUACUUGGGGUGCAAAGUAGAAGGUAGAUUGUACAGUAAUUUCUGUGUUGGAAUGGACUAUGGACUGUUCUCCUGAUGCAGUUUAUGGGAUAUGACAACUGAUGAAUGCAUUUCCCUCCAAAGAUCUAUAUUCCUCAUAGCUUGUGAUGUUUAUGACAUGAACAUAUUUUUUCCUUUGUAGCACUCAUUUGCCUAAAGAGAUGAAAUUCUCUCAGAGCUGUGACUGGAAUAGUGUUGUGAUGUUUGAUGUUGUGUGUGUGGCAGCGUCCUUGGAGUUAACCACUGGUGGCAGGAAAACUAUUUUUUAUUUCCCCUUUUCACUGGUGGGGUUUGUCAGGUGGCUGCUGGGAAAGGAGGGGCUCAGCAGAGGCAAAUACAAAGUGUAAUUAUUUAAACUUCACAAGUAAAACUAGAGCCUGGAACUUCCUCAGUCAGACCACCCUGUGAAGGAUGAGCCUAGCAUGGUCCCAGCCAGGACAACUCCAACACCCAUCAUAUUCCUCAGCCCUGUGCUCCUGCAGCAUCUCCUGGGAAUGCCAGGGCAGCCCUGAUGGACUCGGCUCCCUGUGCCCCUGCAGCAUCCCCAGAGGUGCUGGGGCUCCCUGCAGUGCCCUGCCCAGGGCAGCUGUGGCUGCUGGGCACACAGACUAUCUCUCAUUCCACUCCUACCUGUUCCUGCAGCCCUCACCACCCUGCUCUCGGGGUGUGUCUGAAACCAGUUCUGUCCUGUGCCGCCGGCUGUUCCGUGUGCCUGGGCUGGGUGAGCAAGGAGCAGCUCCAUCCCCACUGCCCUGUUCCACCAGGAGCUGCUGCUGCUCCUCUGUGCUCUGGAACUGCCUUUAGAGGGGCAGGAGAGUUCACUGGUUCACUUGAAGAGAAGCAGAUGAAACCCAGAUGGCUGAAUUGGGUGCCAGCCCUGGCUGUUCACCACUCAUGGGUGGGGGUCUGUGCUGGACGUGUUGGAUGUGACCCCCAGCCCUUGGGUCAGGCUGUUGUCACACCUGUUAACUGUGACAAAUGUGUGAUGGCUCGGGCUGGCAGUGUCACCUCCAGGAGAGGAGAGUGGCAGGAAGGCCUCAGCUGUCCCAGCCCUGCUUCUCAGCCUGGUUCACGAGCUGGGAGUGGCCCUGAGGAUGUUCUGUGGUGCCUGCAGGGAAUGUUCACUCAGCUGGAGAUGACUGGGGCAUCACAGCUUCUGUGGAUGUGGCACUUUCAGAGAGGCUUUUCUCUUCUUCUCUUGUUUGGCUAGGAAGAAAAGGGAAGAAGAAAAUUCAAGUUACACAUGAGAUGUAGAAAUAAGUAGAAACAGAUGAAGCUUUUUGCACCUCUGCUCAUGCUGCAGCCACCAGUUUCCCUUUGCAACUGACCUCCAGGCCUGGGGUGGGAAACACAAUUCCCAGAUAAUCCCUUCCUGUGUUAAAAAAACAAGCAGAAAAAUCCUUGUAGCUCCAGCAAAACAUCUGACUGCAGAAGGUACCCAGCCAGCUCAUCCUGCCUGUGUGAGGACUCUGCUGUGGGAUCCCACCUGCUCCCACCUCUGGAGCCACCAGAGCCAGUGGAAGGGCUCAACCUCUGUAUGGGAAAGUCCAGGAAGGAAUUUAUUCUUCAUUCCUCAGCCUGGACUUGCUGCCUGGAGCUCAGUACAGGGUUCCUGCUUCCAGUGGUGUGUCCAUGUGCUCCCAUGCCCUUGCCCCCAGGCUCUGUCCCCAGCUCUGGGGGUUGCUCCAUGUGCAGGGAAGUGGGAGGCUGGGAUGUGGUGUCCGGCUGCGUGAGCACCGCUCGGGAUCCUGGCACAGAUCCACCCCACAAACAGCUCCUGCUGCUCCUGCCUUGCUGACCUGUGCCUGGCAGUUCCUGUUCCCAGGCUCUGCUGGCAGGGCUGCUCUGCACCCUCAGCAGCACAAGUGGGGUUCGCUGAAAGAAUGGAAAAUGCUGGUUAUAAACAGCCAGCCUGGCAGGACUGGGAGCGUCUCCUUAAUCCCAGCCAGCCCCAUGCUUAAUCCCACUGGAGGUGGAAUGGCAGGCUUGCUCUCCUCUCUUGGUCUGAGUGUAAACAUUCAGCCCCUCACAAGCCAGCUGGAGUCACACUUGGUUAUUAGCAUUAAUGUCUGAGUUCAGGAUAAGUUAUGUUGCUUUAUGAAUGAGAAAAUCCUUCCAGGGCCCUUCCAGUUGGCACCUGCUCUCAGAACCCUCCACCAGGGAUGUGUUGGGCUGUGUUCACCUUCUUGGGGAACCAGGCCCCACUGCCCACUACCUGGGCUCAGCUCAGCUCAGGUCCAGCUGAGUUGCUCUGUGCUCUGGGUUUUGCUGUGCCAGUUCCUGGAGCUAGGGACAGCCCUUCCUGAGGAUCCCAGUGUCCUCCCAAGGGCUAUUGAGUGGUGAUACCAUUUUCCACGUCAUCUGUAAAGACUCUGUAAUUCUGUAUUUUGUACCACUGACCACAGCCUAUCCCCAGCUUUCUGCAUCUUCCAUGGAAGUGUUUUUUAAUUCUCAUUCUGGAAACACAAGCCAAAGUCAACUGGAAACUGUUACUGGCAAAUCAGCCUGUUAUUGAUGUCUGUGGGAGCUGAGGGAGUAAAUGGGUGGUUUAAUGGCCAUGACCCUGAUUGGGAUCAUUGUUAUUCCCAGGUGAUCCUGCUGUGUCAUUGGCACAGUUAAUGGUAGAUAACUUUGCUAGGGCAGUGCAUGAUCUAUCAAAGAGCACCAGGAACCAGCAGCAGCUUUGGUUCAGAAAUAACUUCAGCCCAAUUUACUGCCAGUGUGAGAAAUGUAAAGACUGAAAGGAAUAAACAUUGUGGAUGUUAAAUGUAAAGAAUCUGUCUGAAGAGAAACUACAUUGCUUUUUUCCAUAAAUGUUUAGUAAAUAUUAAAGAACUAAUGCAACCUAA